GCUGCUGGUGAAGGGAACAAUCGCAGUGACUUGGCCGGGGAGCCACCUCAAAGCGUAUCGGGUUACCUUGAGUGACAGCGUUACCAUGGCAAAUAAUUUGACUGGGGCUAUUGUCUUCUCCUCACCGUCCUCGGGUCAGAUAACCGACCAAUCAGAGUUCAUAUGAUCGCUUGUCUUUGCCAGUUUAGAAUAAUAUUAUUAAAACGAGGCAGCGAGGGGAAGGUGAUGUUGAAACGGAGCAGAGGAGCUGGAGGAGCAACUUUUCUCUUCUUGGGGAUUUUACGCCGCCUGCAAGUGACUUUUGGGAGAACUUUCUUAAUGGUUUGAUGACACUCUGAGAGGACGUGGAAGUGAGGACAGAGUAUAAUCUGUGUUGUCGCCAUGUCCAUGCUUCCGACGUUCGGGUUUACGCAGGAGCAAGUGGCGUGCGUCUGCGAGGUUCUCCAGCAGGGAGGCAACAUCGAGCGGCUGGGUCGCUUCCUCUGGUCGCUCCCGGCGUGUGAACACCUCCACAAGAACGAGAGCGUCCUCAAAGCGAAGGCUGUGGUCGCCUUCCACCGGGGGAACUUCAGAGAGCUCUACAAAAUCCUAGAAAGCCACCAGUUUUCUCCGCACAACCACCCCAAACUUCAGCAGCUGUGGCUGAAAGCGCACUACAUCGAGGCGGAGAAGUUACGAGGCCGACCGCUCGGUGCCGUCGGGAAGUACCGGGUCCGCAGGAAGUUCCCCUUGCCCAGAUCCAUUUGGGACGGCGAGGAGACAAGCUACUGUUUCAAGGAGAAGAGCCGGAGCGUCCUGCGGGAGUGGUACACUCAUAACCCCUAUCCGUCCCCGCGGGAGAAGCGAGAGCUGGCUGAGGCCACCGGACUGACCACGACCCAGGUCAGCAACUGGUUCAAGAACCGACGACAGCGGGACCGAGCGGCUGAAGCCAAAGAACGGGAAAACAACGAGAACUCCAACAGCAACAGUCACAACCCGUUGACGUCCUCCAUGAAUGGAAAUAAAACGCUUUUGGGGAGCUCGGACGACGACAAAACGCCAUCCGGAACCCCCGACCACACGUCUCCGAGCCCGGCUCUUCUCCUGGGCCCCAACUCCGGCUUACAGUCACUGCAUGGCCUCGCUCCCCCGCCCGGACCCAGCGCUAUCCCGGUACCAGGCGGCCCAGACUCGGUGCAUCACCACCACCACUCUUUGCACCACGACAUUCUGAACCCUAUGUCUUCUAAUCUGGUGGACCUCGGCUCUUAAAUGUUGACGCGGUGGGACAUUUUGAGUGGGACAUUUUUGGAAAAGGACAAACCGGACCACUGCGGCAACUAUCAUGUCUCAAGUUUUUUAAAAGAACAAACGGAGAUCGGACUAAUCGUCGACUGUUCUCGAAUCUAAGAUGAGCACUUACGGAGUUUAUGACAAAAACUGCACAAACUCUCAAAUCCACAGACUCAUUUUAUCUAUAUUCUUCAAAAAAAAAAAAAAAUCAUUUUAAAUGAUCAGACGCGAUGGAUGAAUGUUGGCAGAGGGACAAAAAGGUGAGACAGAAGACAAAAACAAGUAUUUUAUGUGGAUGUAAUAAAACAGCAUAUAAUGUUGAAAACAAUACUAUUAAAACGUCUUAAUUAAUCUUGAUAUCAACGUCAUAUUUUAGGGGUUUAGUUCUAUGUACCCUAUUGAGUUUUUGUUUACAGGGUUUUCCAAUUUAUGAAAAGAGAGCCAUACAUUUUUUCUUUCUUUCUC